AAAUUUUGUUUGUGCUUUACACUGCCGCUUAUUAAGUGUGUUUACGUUUUCUAAUAUUUUGCUCUGUUCAUAAAGUUAGUCGAUCGUGAACAUUGUAACAGUUAAGAGUGUGAUAUUUAACCGAAGUGUUUAAAAGAAGUAAAAAGUUAAAAAAAAAAAAAAAAAAAAAAAAAAAAACGAAAACAUGAAUAAAAAUAUUGUUGCUUGCUUCUCUCUCUUGAUUUUAUGCCUUAUGCAUGGUGCGAAUGCCAUCAAGUGUUAUCAGUGCAAAUCGCUAACGGAUCCCAAUUGUGGUAAAAAUGUGAUUGAUGCCAAUUCCAAUAUAAGACAAGUGGAUUGUGAUUAUGUUGCAAAACCCAAUUCAAUGGAACAAUUUAUGCCAGUAACUAAAUGCAAUAAAGUUAUUACCAGCGAUAAAGCGGGAAUCAUUAUUUCUCGUGAUUGUCAUUUUCAAAUCGUAGGUCAAAGGGAUGAUAUAUGCUCCGUCUCCCAUAGCCGCGACGUGCAAAGUUGUUAUACUUGCACUGGAGAUUUGUGUAAUGCUUCAUCGGCUGGCCGUUUAAUGGCUUAUGGAAUGAUGGCCAUUUUGAGUUUGGUAGUGAUAAAUAUUGCAUUUUAAAUUUGAUUUGUAUAUAUAUUUUUUUUUUUUUUUUUUUAUAAAUUUUU